GUUAGCCCCAUCGUCGGACUCGGUUCCUUCCAAACUCGCCUCUCCAGCGGAGGAGUUCAAGGAUCGAAAGAAGAAGAAAGACGAAAUCGAUCCCUUUCUUUUUAAGCAAGAAGAAGACGAAUAAAAAUAAACUAAAGUAAGAGGAAAUCUCUCUGUGUUUGGGACAAUAAUUCGGUGAAAGAAGACUGAGAAAGAAGAGAACAAUCAUCCGGUGCAGUUGUUGUACGAUUUUAGAGUGUCGCGGAGCAGGCGCUGCGUGCUUUGGGUAAUUAAGGUUAGAGAUUCUUCUGCUACUGCUUGGUUAGAUUAAUCUUUGAUGUGUUGUUCUAUCUGCCCAUCGUCCGAUUCGGGACAGGAGUGUUCUUCUUUUGUUUGUUAUCGUUGAACAAAUUGAACAAUUCACAUCUUGAUGUCAAAGAACGUCAUCUAGAUGUUAAAACUGCCAUUUUGACUUCGAUCGUGGCUGGAAAUUUGGGGCAACAAAUGUUUUUGUUCUUUUGAUUAACUUUGUGUGUUGUUCUUUAUAUAUAUGUUAUAUUUUUCUGUGUGUAUGUUUUUGUCUUAUUAGAGAGAAAUAAGAUUCAUUUUUUCAGCGCAGUUCACCAUCUCUCUGUAUGCUUAUUAUUGAAUUCUUGUGAUAGUGAGUUGUUAUUUCCAGCAAUGUGGUUUUGAUGUCUUUGAACCUGGUGGUAGUUUCUGGAUCUGAGAUUGAUUUGAUGCUAGGGGAGUGUUAUGAUCUUUGCAUAUGAGUUAUUGGAGGAGCAUCUUGCCAAAUUAGCACUUGUGACUUGGAAUCUAAGGUUCCAUUUGAGGACAAACUCCGGUUAGAUCUAUACCAAAGAUUGGGAGAAAAGGAUCAGAUCGUUUCAUUUUUGUUCGUGGUGAGUUUUUGGGAUCUUCAAGUACUUUGAUUGUGAUUUGGGAGGUCAUAAACUCUCAUCACCCGCCGGACUUCUCCCAUGCCUGGCUUUAGUGCUUCUGAAGGAACAAAGUGCUUCGCAUGAGAUUGAUUGUGGAUGAAUCUGAUGUUUAUGGAGCACAUGAUGGAACUUGGAACGGAUGCACAUAAUCUUACUGAAUGAAUCUGCAAGACCUGGAGAUACCCAUUUGUAUACAGGCAGGACUAGUGGAAUGAGAAUAUGCAUAUAGUUGUAUUAAGUGAAAAUUAUUGAUAAAGGAUAGAUGUUUCUUGCUUCUAAUUAAGCUUGUGCAUUAUAUUUUUGAAGAUUAUGCCUUUCUGUGGAUUCCUAAAUUUCUUUGCUUGAGGUAUAUUAGCAGCAGCGACCGAAUGUGGGGUUAAUGUGGGGUUUCGUAAGGAAUGUACUUCAAGUUGGUGCAGGAGAUCAUAUCUUAAAGAUAGCGGAAGAGGUCACCGACCCCCCUUUUACAUAUGUCUUCUAACUCUGAGCUUCACGAAACUUGCUAAUAUGACUAUUUAUGUUUCAAGGCACGUUGCUUACGGCAUAAAAUUAUUGCAGGUAUUACUUGAGAUUGUUUGGUAAUGGAAGGAAAAAAGGAAAGAAAUAAUGAUAUGCAGAUGGCACAUUUAGAAGAACUUGAAAAUUACUGCACCAAUUUCAUGAAAUUGUUUGAUAAUGGAAAGGAAAAAAUAAAAGUAAAGUUUGUAUAUGCCUAUUUCAUGUUGAGGAACUUGAUAAAUGAUCUCUCUUCCUCAGUUAUAUGAUGGUGGAUAUUGCUCACUCUUAUAUUUUGGACCAGCUGACAGUAAUAGGUGUUAAAUUAGAAAUCAAUCUUUCUUGGGACAUUUAAAUUUUUGUUACCAGACAAUUCCAGCACUUAGUGUCAGUAUUCUAAAUCACAUGUAUGAAGUGCAUCUAAAAGAAUUCGAGAGUGAAUGCCAUACAUGCUUAAUUCUUUCACUUGAUUGUAGCAGAUGACUUCAAAAUCCACAUGGAUUAGACACCAGCAAUCUUCACAUACAUGAGUGUAUCAGUGGUAUUAGUAUUUCUACCAGUUGUUAACAGGGGAUGAGAUUGGUAUAGUGAAGCAAUUGAAAUGCAAGAAAUUAUUUCAAAAGCCAAUCCCUCAUUCCUUAUUGUACCUGUCUCCUAUGAAACCAUUCAAGAUAACCUAAUUCCCAAAGAUGUAUUCUUCAUAUGAUGGUUGGUGUUACAAACUUCUUGCCUUUGGUAUUUAUGUGAGUGCAUGUAUGAUAAAUUGAUGAUAAUUACUCUUCGAACACAGUGUUGGGUUGAGUGCUUGUCUAGAAAUCUUAUUUAAUUUAGAGCCAUGUUAAAGAUGUCAUGAUUGGAAACAACUUUCUUGUAUGAUUUUUGUUUCUGUGUCGAUGACACGAGUUGAUAAAGAUUAAUGCAGAUUCCAGAGUAUUUUUUGAUUUGGCCACAACCUAUUUCUGCCACGAUCGUUUUUUUUUAUUUUAUGUAGAUGAUUAGAUGUUCUUAUCUUAUCAAAGGUCAGAAUAUGUUCUUUUUGGUGCUUAUCUUUUCUUAAAUUGCUGCAAAGCUUAUUGCUGUUACAGAUUUUGUAGCUCUCAGAUGUAAAUAGUGAUAGUUAAUCCACCUUUGCAUUUUUAAUCAGUUUGACACUAAACAGUUACAGCAGUGUAUUGGAGAUGGCCGAUAACAAAGAAAACACCUCCAAGAAUCCAGAUACCAUUGGUCUACAAAAACAAUGGGAUGAGGUUCUGUGCCCCAUCUGCAUGGAUCAUCCUCACAAUGCUGUGGUUCUCAUAUGCACUUCAUAUGAAAAAGGUUGCAGAUCUUACAUUUGUGAUACAAGUUACAGGCAUUCAAAUUGCCUCGAUCAAUUCAGAAAAUUGAGAAUGAGCUCUAGUGACAGCCCAUCUGGUUCCACCUCUACCAUCCUUGAGAAUGUUGAUUCAGGGAGAUCUCGCUUGGGCUCUCCUUACACCCUAGAAUCUGCUUCCUUUCCUGGCGCCCUAGGGACAAGAACAGACAUAGAGACCCAUGGUGGUUACAGUUUUAAUGAUAGAAUGACUACUGGUUUAGUCGAAGACUUAGACAACACUGGGGAUAGACAAGCACAAGAUAGAUAUUUAGCAUCUCAGGUAGAAGCAAAUGUUAGUUUUGAUGAAUCUGGUGGUGGUAAUGCACCAGAAGACAAUUGCUUGAAGUGCCCUCUCUGCCGGGGUGUUGUACUGGGUUGGAUGAUUGUUAAAGAAGCUAGACAGUAUCUGGACCAGAAGCUAAGAAGCUGCUCCAGGGAAUCAUGCUUAUAUUCUGGAAACUACCAGGAGCUUCGUAUACAUGCCAGGAGAAUCCAUCCAACGACAAGGCCUGCUGAGGUUGAUCCAUCAAGGCAACGUGCUUGGCGCCACCUAGAACACCAGCAGGAGUAUAGUGACAUCCUCAGUGCCAUCAGAUCAGCAUUGCCAGGGUCAGUUGUAUUUGGGGAUUAUGUUAUCAAUGAUGGGGAGAACCUGUCAGGUGAUCGGAAUGCACCGUGGUGGCCUACGCUUCUGCUGCUUCACAUGAUCAGUGGUCCAAUAGGUUCAUCAUUUGAUGAACGGAGAAGCUCUUCAAGGGCUGGGAGGGCUCGUCGGCGCUCCUCAACACGCCGCUACUUAUGGGGUGAGAACUUGUUAGGCCUACAAGAGGAUGAUGGUUGGAACUCAGAUGACAACAUCCUGAUAUCAAGGAGGCGUAGGAGGAUAAUGAGAUCAAGAUGGGAUGAGGAACAGCAGCCAUGAGGUUAUUUGCUUUUCAGCUGUUUCUGGUGUUCUAUGAAUUCUUUUGCUUGCUUCUUCUUCUUCUUCUCCACUAAGGAUCGGCUUUGCAAUACUGUUCCAGUUGUUUACACUGCAUUUAGUCUCUACUGAUGCCACUCAGAUCAUGAUAUUGGGUAUCUUGGUAGCAGUUUCGGAUUUGUGGACUCUUCACAAAAGCAUAUAUUGCAGACAAAGUGGCUAUCAUUGUUGAUCAUUUGUGACCAAACCUAAUGAUGUCAGCUAUUUCAAGCCUCCUAUAUGUUAAAAUUGGUCACAGACGAAAUUGUAUCUCAGGUUAGAUAUGCCUUUUCUAGUGGUCAUAAUCAUGUGUCGCAAAACUUUAUUUUUUACUGUAUAACUAAUGCAAUUCCAAAAUUAUAACAAUGUAGGUUGAUCUUGAAUUUGUAUGAUUUGCAUGAAAAGAUUUCUUGACACUAUCCA